AUGGCGUCCUCAUCGCGAUCCGAAUCUCCUCCGGAAUCCUCCUUUACAACCAUGGACGAGAAAGAUCCAACUUUAAUAGGCGCCCACUGCCAAUACACAUACUGCAAUCAGCUCGACUUUCUUCCCUUUCGAUGCGAAUCAUGUCGCGGGACAUUUUGUCUAGAUCAUCGAUCGGAAACGGGUCACAAAUGCGCGAAAGCUGGAGAAUGGGCGGCAAGGCGACGGCGAGCGAAUCUGGCUACACCUUCGUUAGGCUCAGGGAAAUCUAUGCUUCAAGUCGAGAAGCCUUGUGCGUUACCAGAGUGUAAAACGGUUGUUGGAACGAGUUUAUCGACGGCAGUACAUUGCUCGAGCUGCAAUCGAGAUUACUGUCUGAAACAUCGUUUGAACGAAAACCACAACUGCAAGAAACUUGUUCCGAUCGGCGCGCGACCCAGCAAAUAUGGACCACAACCUGAUUAUGCGAAGAUUGCGUUGGGAAAGCUUAAAGCUUGGGGAACUGCGCAGAAAGCUAGCAUGUCGCAACGAGUGCUGCCGAAACCAAAACCUUCAUCGCCAGCCGCGAGAUUGAUUGCGGUGAACAACCUCAAGAAGACGGCGAAAGGAGACGUUAAACUGCCGCCUGAGAAGCGCGUAUACAUGUAUGUGGAAGCUGAAGCUGCGACCACGAAAUCGAAACUUCCAAGCGGCGAGUUUUACUAUUCGAAGGAUUGGGUCAUUGGACGAGUUCUGGAUGCCGCGGCUAAGAGUUUACAAGUUGAGAAUAUCAAUAAUCAGGGCACGGAUGAGGCUUCGAAGUUGAGAGUCUUUCAUGUUGAAGGUGGAAGACUUCUGGAGUUUAGUGAGAAGGUUGGAGAUUCUGUGGCUAGUGGCAACAGAUUGGUGUUGUUACGCGGUGUUGGACCUGCGGUUCCUGAUCUGAUUGAAGCAUGA